CGUCGUUCUCGUCAGACGUCUAAUUUUUUUAUAAAAUCUAAGAUGCAAGAUCUCCAGCAAGAUCUCCAGCAAAAUCAGGAGUCUACAGAAAACGUUUUAAUUAAGGUAGAUUCAGUUCCAUCAGCUUUUGAAUUGGACGAUAAGGAAGAACAUCUUGAUGAAGAAAAUCAACCUCAGUUUUCAGCGUUAACAAAGAAGAUAAAUGUUAUUAAGAAGCCAGAAAUGGUUUCGGUUAGGAUUCCUCGUCAUAAAAUAGCAUCCUUAAAGGAAAAUUGGGCAAAAAUUUAUCCAAUAUUGGUGGAGCACUUAAAAUUACAAGUACGAAUGAAUUUAAAGGAUAAAACGGUUGAUUUGAGGACGAGUAAUUAUACAGAACGAGCAGAAUCGCUUCAGAAAGGAUCAGAAUUUGUUAAUGCAUUUGCAAUGGGAUUUGAUGUAAAUGAUGCCGUUGCGAUGAUAAGAUUAGAUGAUAUUUAUAUUGAUACAUUUGAAAUCAAGGAUGUAAAAACAUUACAAGGUCAACAUCUUUAUAGAGCAAUUGGUAGAAUUGUUGGAAAAGAUGGAAAAACGAAAUUUGCGAUUGAAAAUGCAACACGAACAAGACUUGUGAUUGCAGAUACAAAAAUUCAUAUUCUUGGAGCAUUUUUAAAUAUUAAUAUGGCUAAAAAAUCAGUAGUAAGUCUUAUAUUAGGAAGCCCUACGGGAAAAGUGUAUACGAAACUUAGAAAUAUUUCAGCAAGAUUAAAAAGUACAUUUUAACAACUAAUGAUGUAAAUAUUGAUAUACAUAAUAAAAAUAUAC